CGUACCUUACGGAAGCAUGAGACGAGAUACCUGUACAUGGCAGCAGGGUAACAAAAAACAAUAACGCCAUAAAUGAUGGAUGCAAGGGCAAUCACCCGCGACUUCGCCGCGCAGCGCUUGUUGGCAUUCACCUCAGAAAAUAAGACUCAUUCACUCACGCGAGUCGCAAAAUAAGCAUCCACUUUCCUUCCAUUUACCAAGCAGAAACCAGCUCUCUCUCGACCGCCCCCAUCCGUCAAGUCACGAGGGCUUCGAAGCAGGGUCCAAAUGGAGAGACGGGGGGGGCCAUCUCCACCUCCUCUCCGCCCCCCGAUUAUGCCUCAAACCCACGCCGUUCUUACCUGUAGGAAUUCCAGAACAGACGGAAACAGUACCUACUAGUAUGAGGUGCAUGUUGCUCUCUCUCUCCCUCUCCACAUUUCCAGGGCUUCAUUCCCGUUGGAGAACACUGAGAAAAGGGGUCCUCAUACCCGCCCUUCCAUUCCCGUGGUCUUCAACAUGGUCUGCAAAUCAUUGGCCCUUGGUGGCGCGAUCCGCGGACCCUCGGAUUCUAUGUACCCCCGCCUGGGCCGAAGAGCCACCAAGUGCCGCCUAUGUCGACGUCAUCGCCUGGUUGUCGCUCUUCUGCUCGGCCAUGAAUGGCAACAUGCUGAUGGCUCGGAUCAAUGGUUCUGUCCGACCGGGCCGGCCAUUAGGAAACAACACACGUCGUUUUUGUCUACCCAGAGUUCGGAAACUUCGCGGGUCAUUCUCUGUAUACCACAUCGGUCGCUGAGGCAAACAUCGUAUCUGUAAUCAAACCGUGAUUCAAAGCUGCAUAUGCAAGCAUCGUGUUAUAUACAUACAAAUAUCUCCCCCCGAUCCAUUUCAUUGUUUGAUCCAAAUUCAAGCCCACGCAGGAAAGCAAUCAAGAAAGAAAAACAAGAGCAUGAUCCCCGCACCAC